UAACCUCAAUUAAAUAAUCAAUUUAUAGCAAAAGUUAGCGUCUCGUUUUGAUUUUAUCAUUUUCGCUAAACAAAAACACUUGAAAUUGUUAAUAUACAAAGCACAUUAUAAAAUUACCUCACGCUGUAUUGUUUUUAAAGUUUCUUGGCAGAGUUAUACAUAAAUAGAAAAAAGUUAUAUUGAACAAGUGUUUGAAUUUUGAAAGUUUGUUGCAAUGGUACGAGGUACCGGUCGCGGUGGUAGAGGGAUGCCAGGGCGAGGUGGAAUGGGGCGUCCACCCUUCAGCAGACCCCGUGUAUUAAUGUUGAGACCCCCUUUUGAUUUAAUUCUCGCAGAACCCGCCUUUCCUAGAUGCAAACCAGCACCUGAUGAUUCGGCUUUGACACAGGCACUCCUCAAAAGACACACAGAGCUAUGUCCGACACCAACAGAACAAGCGGCUGUGUUGAGUCUCAUCACAAAGCUGCAGACUGUACUUGACAAUUUGGUUGUGGCACCAGGAGACUUUGCGGCUUGUCAAUUGGAAGAAGUACGCCAAGUUGGUUCUUAUAAGAAAGGCACUAUGAUGGCAGGAAAGAAUGUAGCCGAUAUAGUUGUAAUUAUGAAGACCUUACCCACUAAGGAGGCUGUAGAGGGCCUUUCGAAUAAGGUGAACGAGGAACUUAACAAGCUGAUGCGCGCCGAGGGUCUGUCGCCGGUGACGUGUGCGAGUCACGAGCGCGGUUUUACGGUGACGGCGGUGGCCGCUGUGCGUGUCUUGGUUACCACAUUACAUCAGAACCUGCGGAAGCUGGAGCCGGAGGUGCAUUUGGACUACAAAGUGAUCAGCAGUCACUUGGCAGCCAUCAGACACAGCCGUUGGUUUGAGGAGAACGCUCACCAUUCUUCCAUUAAGGUAUUGAUCCGUCUACUCCGUGACAUGUGCGCGCGGCAUGCCGGCCUCGAGCCCCUGACCCCCUGGAUGAUAGAUCUGCUCGCACACCACUGCAUCAUGAACAACCCAGCGAGGCAAGCGCUACCCAUCAACGUGGCCUUCAGACGAGCACUGUCGCUGCUGGCGGGCGGGCUGUUCCUGCCGGGCUGCGCCGGCCUGCCGGACCCGUGCGAGGCGGCGCACUCGCGCGCGCACACCGCGCUCGACCUCGUGGCGCAGGACCACGCCGCCGCCACCGCGCAGACGCUGCUGCGCGUGGUGGCUCGCGGCGGUCACCGCUACGUGCUGGGUCUGCAGGCCUUCGAGGGCGGCAAGGACAUCUCCACCGAGAUCACGGUGUGGGACGGCGUCGUGGUCUCCCCGCUGGCGCCCGCCUACAGCGACACGCCGGAGCCCAUGGACACUGACGAUAAAGAUGACGAAGGAACACAAGACGGUGUUGCCGCAUAAAAUUAGUUCAUAAGGAAACAUAUAUUAUUAAAAACCCUUUAAUAAAUUUGUAAUUUAAG